AUGUACCGGCGACUCACGCCACACCUGCGCCAGCAGUACCUGCGGCAGUCCGUCACUGCCAGUACAAAAUGCAGCCCGAUCCUCUCGCGGGCAAUCCACAUCGAGAGGCCUCGUGGAACUGGGAAGCAAUGUGAUAUUCUAAAGGGAGUGGGUACUGGGGCCGCGAGGGCGCAGUUUAACAAGUGUUCGGCGACAAAGACGUGGGUGAGGGAGACGAGUACGGUGGGGUAUAAUAAGACGGGGUAUAUUGACCUGGAGCCGGGUGAAGGGCUGUUGUUUUUCGAUAACAUCUUCCCGCUCAAGACCGCCGUAUUCGACAUCCGCUACCUCAUCACCCGCCUCGACAAAGUCUCCUUCGAGUCCCGCAUCCGCAACCACUACAUCCCCCCAUCCCUCACCUCCCCCGACUCGCCCCACAACUUCAAGAUCACCGCCAUCAUCCCGCGCAUCAAGGACGGCGGCGCCUUCGUCAAAUACACCUCUACAUCCCCCAUCGCCGUCGAAGCCGCCAUCUCCCAGCACCUCAAGGACCAGGCCAUCAAGCCCUGGUACUCCCCGUUCGCGCGCAUCAAGGCCUACGCCGUGCAGGGCAAGCCCUGGCUCGAAGACCUCCGCAUCUUCCCCACCACAAAGAUCAAGGUCGAGUUCACGGGCGGCGACGGCACCCUCUCGCAGGAGCAGCUCUAUGCGCUGUUCCGCCGCUAUGGCAAGAUCGUGGAUAUCCACCCGCAGCCGCCGGUAUCGAAGGACCUGCCGCACUACGCCACGAUACAGUACUCGAUGAUCCGCUCGGCCACGGCGGCGAGGAAUUGCUUGCAUGGGUUUGUGGCGAAGGGGACGCAGACGGCCACGGGGAAGGAGUUGGAUGUCACGUUGCGCAUACUGUAUGAGCGCACGAUGAAGGCGCACUGGAUCCGCGACUGGCUGUUCUCGCAUCCAAGGAUUGUGAUACCGAUUGUGGCGGCGAUAUUGGCGGCGGUGACGGUCGCGAUCUUUGACCCGGUGAGGACGUGGUUUAUUGAGGCCAAGAUCACACGGGCAUUGAACUUUACGGAGUCGUCGUAUUGGGUGGCGAUGAAGAAGUAUACGGUUGGGCAGCUACCGAUCGGGCGGAAGCAUGAGACGAUGAACGACCUGUGGGCGGUCUGGGAUGAGCGGAUAGAGUCUGUUAACCAGCUGCAAGCCUGGCUGCGCGAGACUGUUGAAACCUUCAUCGUAGUCCAAGGCCCCCGCGGAUCAGGAAAGAAAGACCUAGUCGUCGACACAGUCCUCAAAGGUCGUAAAAACGUACUUGUAAUUGACUGUGAGCCCAUUGACGAGGCACAUGGCGACAGUGCAACUAUCGCUGCUGCCGCAGCACAGGUGGGAUAUUGGCCGGUGUUCUCAUGGCUGAACACGAUCAGUAGUCUCCUUGAUCUUGCGGCACAGGGAACGCUGGGGGGCUCCGCGGGUUUCAGCCAGACGCUGGAAACGCAGUUUAACAAGAUCCUGCAGAACACGGGGACGGCGCUGAAGAGGAUUGCGCUGAAGGAUAAGGGCGACUCGGAGAAGGAUAUGGGGUUGAGCGAUGAUGAGUAUCUCAGCACUCACCCCGAGAAGCGGCCUGUAGUUGUCAUUGACAACUUCCUGCACAUGGAGGGGAACAGUAUCAUCUAUGAGAAACUAGCUGACUGGGCCGCCCUCCUCGUCUCCGCAAACGUAGCCCACGUAAUCUUCCUCACCAACGACACCACCUUCUCCAAAUCGCUCUCCAAGUCCCUCCCCGACCGCGUCUUCCGCUCUAUCCUCCUCGGAGACGCCGCCCCCGAAUCCGCAAAACGCUUCGUCCUAAAACACAUCAACGACGAGCUCUCAGGCGACGGCAACGAGAAGGCCCUCUCCGAGCUCGAGAGCUCUAUCCAAGCCCUCGGCGGCCGCCUAACAGACCUCGAGUCCCUCGCCCGCCGCAUCAAGACCGGCGAGUCCCCCAAGAAGGCCGUACAGGAGAUCAUCGAAACCUCGGCCGCAGAGAUCCUGAAGCUCUACUUCCUCGAGGAGGCGGGAUACCGCAAGAAGCGCACGUGGGCACCAGAGCAGGCGUGGUUCUUGGUGAAGGCGCUUGCGCAGGAGGGGGAGAUCCCGUUUAAUCAGGUUGUGAUCCACGACCUGUUCCGUUUGGAUGAGGAGCCGAUCCAGAACUUGGAGCAGGCGGAGAUGAUACAGAUUGUGAUCAACAAUGGCAGACCGUACUCGAUCAAGCCGGGGAGACCAGUAUAUCAGGCGGCGUUCCAGCGACUGCUGGAGGAUAAAGUGCUGACGGCGAAGAUGGACCUGGUGAGCUUGAAGGCGAUCGUGAAGGGGGAAGAGGUGGUCAUUGAGAAGGCCGAGAAGGAGAUGGAGGCGUUAGGGCCGUUACCAAAGCAGCCGAAGGGGAGGAUGGAGUACUUGUUGGAGAAGGUGGCGGUUGCGCAGGCGAAGGUGGCGGAAGCGGAGAAGAAGAUGGCGGGGUUGAAGAAGAUGCUGAAGACGGAUUAUUAG